AUGGGGACAAAUCAGAGGAACAUGCAUGCAGUCCAGCAGGCCGGCCUCCUGCUGAGAGCGGCUCUUCUCUCCGUCCUGCUGCUCUGUCCCCAGCAGGGGGCGUCGGAUUCAGACGAGGCCAUCUUGACUGAGUGGGAGAUCUGGAAGCUGACCAAUGGGAUCAAAUAUGAUGAACUGGACGACCUGCAGAGGAGGGCCAUCUGGGAGGAGAACAAACGGAUCAUCGAGAACAACAAUCAGGGUUUCUUCAUGGGCAGGAGGCCAUUCACCAUGCUCAUGAAUAAAUAUGGAGAUCUGACCAGGCAGGAGUACCAGGUGUUGCAGGGUGCUGUGAUCGACGCUCAGUUUGCGAAGAGAGGGAAGACAGUCUCCGCCCGAAAGCUGCGACACAACGCCAAGAAGUUCGACAGGUGGUUUGUGGACUACAGGAAGCUGGGUUAUGUGACGGAGGUGAAGGACCAGGGUUACUGCGGCUCCUGCUGGGCCUUCAGCACUACGGGAGCUAUCGAGGGUCAAAUCUUCAAGAAGACGGGUCAGCUCAUCUCUCUGAGUGAACAGAACCUGGUGGACUGCUCUAAAUCAUAUGGUACUUACGGCUGCAGCGGGGCAUGGAUGGCUAACGCCUACGACUACGUGGUCAACAACGGUCUGCAGUCUACCAGCACGUACCCCUACACCUCCGUGGACACUCAGCCGUGUUACUACGACAGCAGGCUCGCCGUCGCUCACAUCAGAGACUACCGGUUCAUACCCAAAGGAGACGAGCAGGCUCUGGCUGAUGCUGUGGCAACAAUCGGACCAAUCACAGUGGCCCUUGAUGCAGAUCAUUCAAGCUUCCUUUUCUACAACUCAGGCAUAUAUGAGGAGCCGAGCUGUAACCCCGACAAUCUGAGUCAUGCCGUAGUGCUGGUUGGAUAUGGCUCUGAAGGAGGGAAGGACUACUGGAUCCUCAAGAACAGUUGGGGUUCCAGUUGGGGUGAAGGCGGCUACAUGCGAAUGAUCCGAGACGGCUCCAACACGUGCGGCAUCGCGAGCUACGCGUUAUAUCCUAUCCUGUGAUUCUGAGUGCUAAAGCUAACUCUUCUGCAGGACAAUGCAUGUGCUUCUCAUCGUCUCUAAAGCACUCUGUGGUCCAUGUUUCUGAACUCUCUGCUCAACCUUUCUGACACUAUAAUGUUUGUGCAAAGACCCACGGCAGCCGUUAACAGUGAACCCGAUGCUUCUCUCAGGGAUGUCGUCUGAAAACACGCAGCUCUGCAGCUGGAGAGCCAUCAAACUUGUACAAAACAUGCAAUUUUGAAUGAUUAUAAACUUUUUCUUUGAACAGCAGCCAGCUAAAUUCCUCACUGUACAAAUGCAAAAUAAAAUAUGCUUAAAAUGUUAA